AUGCUGUCAAUAUUUGUUGUAGUCACGCUAUAUUUGUCUCUUGCUAGUACCUCCCCAGUAAACAGGUAUGUUAGUGAUAAUCGAAACCAGUUGAUUUCAACCGUUUCAUUUGAUAAAACUAUUGAUGCUUUAGUCUAUUGUGGGUCACAUGAUAGAAACAAAAAUAAUGCUGUCUCGAUGGAACCAAGCAACACAGGAUAUGCUUUUCAAAAUUCCAUAAAAAGUAAAUGGGAUUGGGAAAAUACAAAAACUAAGUCUGAAAAAAUUGAUUAUCAAUCAAUAACUACAUAUCCCAGCGAUGCACAUAAUGGAGAAUAUUCCUUCGCUUAUUCUUCUGAUUAUCCUUCAGGUUAUUCUUCUGAUUAUUUUGAGAGCACAUCCACUAUUUCUCUAUAUAAACAUCACUUAUCUAUUCAUACCCCUGGUUCUACAGCCUCAGCUAGCUCAGUUUCACAAGCGGAUAAAGAUAUCAUUGAGAAAAGUUUGAAUGUUUUUGCAGAAAUAGACGAUCAGUCCAAUAUCACUCAAUGCCAGAAAUGUAAAGAAAGGCUUGGCUAUGGAAAACAUAUGGCUUUUGAGAGACCUGAUUUGGUUCCAGAUGUGUUUGAAAGGUACUGCAUUGCCAGUAAGUUAUCAUCUACUGCAGGUUGUCACAAUGCAUAUCAUAGCUGGAGUGCUAACAGCACAUUUAUGGGAACAGACUUCACAAAUUUAUUGACAUUAUUGAAUACAAAUUCCCUUGAUGCUGAAUAUUUUUGCUAUUAUAGAUUUGCUGGCCAGUGUGAUAUUCCCCGAACACCAGAAAAUAUUUCCCUCGCUUAUCUGUGGAAUAAUGUUAAACCUCAUAAAGCACAUUUUGCUCCGAUUCCAAACUCAAAGGAUACUUUCAAUGUGAUCCAUGUUUCAGAUUUGCAUGUAGAACAGGACUAUGCCGUUGGAUCAGAAGCAAAUUGCACUACUUCUAUGUGUUGUACUGUCAACAAACAUUCUAAAAGAAAGAAUAAUAAGGACAAAGAUAAAUACACUAAUUUGUACGAAGGUUCGUAUUAUGAUAAUAAUGACAUCUUUCAUUUAGGACUACCAGUCAGCAACGAUAAUUCUUCUAUCUAUACACCGGCAACCACUUUUGGAAGUUAUAUGUGUGAUUCUCCGGAGGUGUUGAUAAACUCUACAUUUCUGUCAAUUAGAAAUCUUCAAAAGAAGAAUGGUCCUAAUUUCAAAUUUGCAAUCUUUACUGGAGAUAUGGUGGAUCACGAUGGGGCGCAAUAUAUCAGCCUUGGUAUGAGCAAGAAGUCGGAAGAAAUUAUUUUCAGGGAUGCGAAGCACGGCUUACGCGAUAUUCCACUUUACCCAGCACUCGGUAACCAUGAUUCUUUUCCAUAUGGACAAAUUGCACCGGAAAAAACCAAAUUUACCAAUAGAUUUACAUGGAAUACAGAUUUGAUGGCCGAAAUGUGGUCAAGCUACAAUUGGAUUGGAAAAAAGCAGGUUGAUCAAGUAAAACGUCAUUAUGCCGGAUAUUCGAUCUCUACUAAAAUGGGAUUGAAAAUCAUCUCGAUGAAUAGUAAUGCAUUCUAUUAUGGAAACAUAUACUCAUACUGGAAUAUGGUUGAAGAUUCCGAUCCUUUCGGAUCAUUCAAAUUUUUGGUAGAUGAAUUACUUGAUGCCGAAUCAAAGGACCAACGUGUUUGGAUAUUGUACCAUAUUCCGAUGUCCAAUAACAUUCUUCCAGUUCAAUCCAAGCUUUUUACCGAAAUAGUUGAAAGAUUCUCACCAUAUACAAUUGCAGGUAUAUUUAAUGGACAUACACAUCGUGAUGAGUUUCAAAUCCUAUUCAAAGGCGAUGGUACCAAUUACAUUCAGAAAACAAAGGAAAAUGCUCUUAAUGUGGCUUAUAUUGGACAAUCAAUCACGCCGCUUGCUAAAUACAAUCCUGGUUGGAGAUAUUAUGAAGUUGACAAAAAAACAUUCUCCGUGCUGAAUAUUCACAACUACUAUGUUGAUUUAGAAAGUACAUUUGGCACUAAUGGUAGUGAACCUGUUUGGGAAUAUGAGUAUUCAGCUAGAUCUGCUUAUGAGAUUGAUUGGCCAGAGUCAUCACCAUUGAAUGCUACAUAUUGGGCAUUGGUUGCACAAAAAAUGAAAACGAAUUCUACGAUUCUUCAAAUGUAUGAGAAUUACGCUGGAAGGCUUUCACCUUUCACCACGAACUGUGAGGAUGGUACAAAUUGUGCAAGAAACUGGUGUUAUGUUACAUCGUUUUCGUAUGAUCAAGAACAGAACUGUUAUUCAGCAGAAAAUGUGGCCCAUUUAUAA